AUGAAAUCGAUGAAGGGAAUCGCCGUGGAGGGCGUUCAUUCAAAUGUUCAAUUUAGAAAUUGCAAAAUUUCUCAGAACCGCAUGCAAGGCUUAGCGAUUUCAAAGGGCAACUUAUUCUGUCAGUUCUCAAACCUCACGUACAAUAAUCUAGCCAAUGCGGCUGUUUUUGGUACGGGGUCCGUUCUUUAUGCAGCAGAUUGUCAGAUCUUACUUUCGAAUCGAAGUGGCGCAACAGCUCAAGAAGGAGGAAGCAUGAUCCUCAAGUCUUGCAAUGUCAGCGGGAACUCUGGAGCAGGUGUCUUGUCAGUUCACGAGGGCUCAAGAGCUCUGGUAUAUUCCAGCACCCUUCUAGGAAAUUCCCUGGCACCCUUUGCCGAGGUCAUGAGUGGAAGGGUAGAAAUGGAGAGGACUUUAUGCUCCAACGGCAGCGUUGCACAUGCUGAUAGGGCAGCCGAUGCAGCGGCUGCUCAGCCAUCUGAUGAAAACGACAACGAAAGGUCGGGCACUCCAACGGACAAGCGAACCUCAGGAUGCUCAGCACAACUCGGGCACGUGGAAGAGAUUGAAGAGGAAUCGGAAGAUUAUGGGAUUUUCCCUUUCGGAUACCACCAAGCUGCGGUGAAGAGGUGA